GUUAAAAGUCAUUUAUUAAAAUUUAUUUUGUUUUGAAACAUAGUGUACAUUAAUUGUUUAGCUCGCAGAACAAAAGCAAUCAACAAUUUCGAAUAGAGUUAUAAUAUCAACAUAGAGAGACGAUUAAUAACUUUAUUGACAGCCUCUUAUAUUAAAGAGUGUAGUUUUGCAAAAAAAAAUACUCCUUACUUUUCAUGCUUUUCAUGAAUCUUGAAAUUCAUAAAGAAAUUUGAAAAUGUCUACUUUUUUAGAGGAUACCCUAGAUUUAAGCGGUCAGGGUCUAAAAAAACUUGCUCGAUGCCCAUCGGAUGCUGAUAUUCACAUUUUAAUCGUCGAUGACAAUGAGCUUCAACGUCUUGAUAAUCUCGAUUCUUAUCAAAGAAUCACCAAGCUCUCUAUAGUAAGAAAUCAAUUACUUCGAAUGUAUGGAGUUUCAAAAGUACACAAUUUAGUUACAUUAAACCUUGCAAACAAUGGAAUAUUACAAAUCGAAGGUAUCAAGGACCUGGUGAAUUUACAAACUCUCUGCCUCGCUGGUAACAAUAUUAAGUCCAUCGAGCAUUUACAAACAAAUGUAAAAUUGGAGCACUUGGAUCUGUCCGAAAACAGCAUUAGUCACGUUUCGGAUAUAUCGUUUCUGAAAAGUUUAAAGGAACUGUUUUUGCACAAUAAUCGCAUAAUAACUUUACGCCAAUGCGAAAGAUAUUUGCCGCCUUCUUUAGAAACGCUCACGUUAGCCAAUAACAAUAUAACCGAUUUAAAUGAAAUGUCACAUUUAGUGAAUCUUACGUACCUCGUCAAUUUCUCAAUCGCAAACAAUCCGUGUGUCAGCAUGACAGGUAACGAUAUUGGAUUUGAUUAUCGCCCUUUCAUUAUCAACUGGUGUUUGAAUUUGAAAUCAAUCGAUGGCUACGCAGUUGAUCCAAUCGAGAGUCUAAAGGCAGAAUGGCUCUACUCGCAAGGAAGAGGUCGACAAUUUCGAAUUGGGGAGCAUUCGUUGCUGGUGCAAUAUCUCGCGUCAGUUUGUCCACUGUCGGGUGAGUCACUCGAAAAUGAAACCGACCGAAAGCUUAGGCUUAUUUUGUGUAAAGCACAGCAUCAUCAAAUGCAACUGAGUCAGCAGAGCGAUUCAGGCAGCGUACAUAGUCUUAGCAGCGUUGGAAUGAGUCCUUCACCAGCAACUAGGCGUAGACUUAGUAAUAAUCGAAGCUCUCCCAGACGACCGAGCUCAUCACGCAGUUCAAUGAGGAUGCAAUCACCGGAGCGAAUGGUCAGCAGUUGUCACACCGAUGCCAUGGUUUCGUCUUGUCACACUCUCUUAAGUCACGAUCAUCAGUUGAUGACGCAAAGUCUGGAUCCGAAUAUGCUGUCCAACACACUCAAUAAAUCAUUGAACAGCGGACCACUACAAGACGUUGAAGAAAAAUCGAGUCCCCUGCAAGCAGCGACGAAACUCGUACCAGUACCUGAAUCGUUAAUGAGUCCAGAUUUUCGACCACCGUCGGGACUCUCGCGAAUUUUACCGAUAAAAACACCGCCUAGUAAAUUAAGUUCGCCUGUACAAUUUUUAUCAUCAUCAACAACAACAGCAACAACGCAACCGAACAAAAUAGUACCUUGUGAAGUAACAGUGAAAACAAUGCCAAUUUUCACUGCAGAGACACCGAAAACCAAUUCAGCAAAAUCGAAUACUACCGUUAAAUGUAAUUUAGCAUCGAAUUGCAGUCCUGGCAAGGCGAACAUUGCAAAACCAGUUGUCACGAGCACUAAUGGCAAACAUCCACAAAGUGUGAAGAUAAACAAUUACGUGCAAAGUAAAACUUUGCCGAUGAAAAAGAACGCGAGAAAUUCGCCAAAUCUCGGUAGAUGUAAAGAUCAAAAGUCAAAGAUACAAGAAGUGAUUAAACCGAGUCCCUUGAAGAAAUUCGGCAAUGAGGAAGUGAGUAAUGUCAGUAAUGUGAGUAGCGAUGAAGAGAGCGAAGUUUGCCAGGCGAAAUUGAACAGCAUUCGGCACAGAGCUGUUCAACGGCAACAUGAGGAUACGAAUAAAGUUCAAAACGAUCCGACCGAGAAGGCGGCGAUUUGCAUUCAGAGAAUGUGGAGAGGCUACCACACGAGGAGCGCCGACAGGAAGACCUCAGAUGUAUUGAAAGCAAUCGAAAUGAUGAGAACGAACAAAUACAUUCAGAAAUUAUCAUCCGAUAUGGAAGCGACGCGAAACGUUCUCGAGAACGAGCACAAAUUGCAGUUGUUACAAAUGCAAGCAAUCAAUGCCUUAUGGAAAAAAGUCGUUGCUCUCCAACCGGCGAAUGAACGAGAAAGUGCAUCCACUAAUGGCGAUGGAAUUUCAAAUCCCAACAUGGAUGUUGUAAAUAACUUGGCACAGACCUGUCACAUGUUACAUAAUCAGGUGCAACAACUUCAGGACUCAGUGACAGAAAUAAAACGUUGUAUGUCGACAAUUCAAACAAAGCCACAAAUGGUUGAUAAUGGAGUGAGUACACAAACGGAAAUAUCCGCCGUUCAUACUCCAGCUGGUGAGGAAAAUGUUUUUCCCUAUCAUCGACCAAAUAGGCCUCAAUCAUUAGCAAUUCAUCAAACGAUUCAGGAAUGCAACGAAAACAAAAGUUUCGCCUCUAAUUUAGUUGAUAGUGUAUUAAAGAAAGUAUCACAAUCCGCUGACAUGACAGACGACGAGGUAAAUACAGAUAUUUUCAAUUCAAAUGACAAUCCCGAUGGAAUGAAUUCAUUAGAAAAUCCCGACAUAAGUUGCGAUGAAAUAAUGGAAUCCUUGUCGAAAAAUGACGAGGGAUUGGGUGAGGAAUUUAAGAAUAUUAUUGAAAAAAAUACAAAGAGCAGUGGAACUCUCACUGUCGAUUUGGCAAAUGAUUCGAAAGAUAUUAGCAAUCCAAAUAUUGAAGAAGUCAUUUGCAAGGAAUUACUUCAAAGUAUGAUGGAAGUGGAUUUAGGCACAAAAUUUAAUGGCGAUUGGAAGAGAGUCGGAAAUGUCAGUGAUAAAGCGGAGAAUUUAGAAAAUUAAGUUUAAGAGUAAAAAUUAUAGCUAAUUGCCUUGUUAUUGAAUAUAAGAUUAGACACAAGUUUCCUAAUUAUAAAAACUCGUGUCUAGAGGAAUGGUCCAAAAAAUUAUACUCAUUUUUUCGAAACUUGUAAUUGUUAACAAACAGAAUCACAAUUUUAUAAUUUGAAUUCAGUGAAUUUGAUUUUCGCUUUCAUGUCAAUUGUAAAUUAGUUAUAAAUUAGUUUUAUUACAAAUAAUUGAAAAUCAUUUCUAUUUUCCAUAAGAGAUUAGAUUUUUUGGACUAUUCAAUUUAAAAAUAAGAAAAAAAGAACCUCGCUGGAGAAAAUGACAAAGAUCACACCAAAUUGAUAAAUAUAAACCAAAAGCGCUCGCUGUAAAUAUAAAAGAGCCGUGAAAGCUUUCUUGGAGUUAUCUUUAAAAGAUCCUGUUUUAAUUUAUAAUCAUUUUUACAA